CACAAAAUCUGUGAUGCAGCUAGCGCAUACGUCACACAUAUCGUGGAUCAUGCAAAAUGUGCAUGACAAGUCCUCCAAUCUUCCAGACCCAGACAUUUUUCCACUUGACAUCCCGUCACGAAGUACGAAUCUUUCGUCCACCGCGGCCACGGGCACCCGCCCGUCGACCCUUUCUUCCGGGGCGGGCAUUUAUCAGAAUCCGCCCCCGCCCUCGGGGGCCUCGACCGCAGCCGCACAGAUUGCCGUGCCCCAGGGCAGCGUCGAGGCCGCCACUGCGGCCCAGGCAGCGAGUCGCGGGAAGCAAGUAUGCCUUGCAAGUAUGCCUGGGUCUGGAAGGAUGCAAGAACUUGUGAUGCUAUUUUUUGAUUCUAAAAAAAUCUGUGCUGCAUGACAAGCAAUAGGAGUGGUCCAGUUUUUGCCACGUGGACGAGAGGACAUUUCUCAUGCAGGCUAGGCAUCAAGAAGUCCUCAGAUGAAAAUCUGUCAUGCUAGGGCCUGCAUCACAGACAUCACGGCUCAUGCUAAACGUGCAUGACAAGUCGCAGAAUCUUCCAGACGUCCAGGGAAGAUAUUUGCAUUUCAUAGCAAGCGUUCAGCUACGACGUUGGGUCCAUGUAUUUGACCCUGGGCAUCCUGCCCUAUGAACUGCAACAGUAUCCGAUACUCGUAUAUUAAAUGCAUUACAAAUUUCCUCAGCAUGACAGAGAAAAUUUGUGAUGCGGAUUUACCUUAAGAUAAACAUGUUGUAAUGCAUGACUGCAAUUGCUACGAGUUCGAUACUUUUGCACAGGAUAUGCCCACCGACUCCCUCAUCUCCGAGCUGGAGCAGUUUGGCGUAACGCAGAAGAACAGCAGCGACUCGGGGGUGGAACUAUGAACUGCAAAAGUAUCGUACUCGUAUAAAUGCAUUACAAAUUUUCUCAGCAUGAGAAAUAAAAUUUGUAAUGCAGAUAUCCCUUGGAAACAAGAUUUGUAAUGCAAGACUUGCAUUUGUACGAGUGCGAUACUUUUGCACAGGAUAGGAACGGUCCCGAGACCACGUCGACGCGCGCCUGGACCCCAACCGUUUCAUAUUGCACUGAAAAAUGCCCCCACCCCGGAAUUUGCAAAAGUUUCUCAUGCAUAAGGUUUUCAAAUGAAAAACUUUUUGUCUAUGCAUGAAGGGACUACGAGUCUUUCUGAUGCAGAAUCUAGGUGCGCAAGGUAUCUUCUGCCUGACAGAUCCGGCUGCUGUUGGGCUCCUUUGCAACACAAAUUUACGCUAUUCAGCAUGGAAAAUUUGUGAUGCCGAUAUAUGCAAGACGGGGAAAGUUUGCAUUGGAAAGGUUAGCAAUGCAAAUGCUGCCAAUUUCUGAGGUGGGGGCAUUUUUCAUUGUAAUACUUGAGCCAAUUAACCGGGAAAAAGCUUUCCGCCAAGGAAAAAUUUCGGCGAAUGUUCAAGAGCAUGGCCGUGUCGCACGCGGACAAACUGCGCAAGGAGCUGUUUCGCUUGGAUUUGUGCUUGCACCGGCUCUAUCAAAUGCAAAUAUGGAUCUGGGUCUGGAAACUUGUAAUGCUGAGUUGUGAAUAGUGAUUUCUCGUCUGUAAUGCGCAGCCAAGCGUGAGAAAUAUUUCCGCGCCGGCUUCGUGUUGCGCUUUCCGCAUGACAAACUGCGUUUUGCAUGACAAGCAAAAGGGUCUCUUCUUGGACACGCAUCACAAGCUCUUCAGUCUUGCCAGAUCGAAGCAUAACAAACCUUGCAUCGUUCCAGACCCAGACACAUUUGCAUUUGAUAUGCUCACCGAAAUGGAUGAGGAAGCCGGGGAAUCGGGGCUUGAGCGGUGGAAAAGCUUUCUGAUGGGGCACAAGCAGCUUCUGGACGCCUCCGGAGCUGCAUCAGCGCCUCCGGCCGGCGCGAACGUUAGCGCCCCCUCCUCACAGUUGUCAAUAAAUCCGCGGGCCCAGAACGAGGGGGGGCCGCCGAGCAACGCAGACUCUGGCAUGACGCACACUUCUUCUACAUUGCAGCCGCUCUCCUCGGAUCAGAGCCGCUCGUCCAAAAAUUCCAACGCGCUCCGAAGAAGGCCAGCUGAUAUGAGCAAGCUGGCUUCUAUGGAUGUGUCAGAGUUGAAAUCGACAAAGUUGAAAUAAUUUGCCAUGCAUAAAAUGGAUGCGAGUUGGAACCCAGUUUUGCAACUGGCGCAUGACAAAUCUCGGUGGUCCCUCGAGCCAGUUUGUCAUGCUGUUUAGGGAAAGAAGGGUGGUUUUCUCAUGCUACUUUAGCAGCUCGAGCUGUAACCCCAAACAGGCUUACACCUGCUCUGCAACACACGUGCCUCGGGUCAUGCGUUUUAUGCAUGACAAAUCAUUUUUUCAACUUUGUCGAUUUCAAGCCUGACGCUUCCAUAGCUUCCUCAAGGUUGGUCCCGACAGCGACCACAUCCACAAAUACGGGCGGCAACCUUAUCAACUGCAAAAAUGACUGGGUCUGGAAAGUUGGAACUUGUGAUGCUAACUUUGGACUCUAGAAAAAUCUGUAUUGCAUGACUAGCAAGAGGAGUCCAGUUUCUGCUACGCGGAGAGGCCAUUUGUCAUGCCGAAUAGGCAUCAAGAAGCACUCAGAAAAUCUGUGAUGCCAGGGAAUACAUCACAGACGUCACGGGCCAUAUAAAAUCUGCAUGAGAAGUUCGCAUCCCUCCAGACCCAGAUGACACUUUUGCAUUUGAUAAACCUUACCCUAAACACCAUGUCGACGACGUCAGCGGGAGCAGGUCUGAACAAAAUGAAGAACGGAGGGGGGGUCGGCGGGGCCCCGAUUUUUCCGGCUACUUCUAGCGGCACGACUAGUGGUGCCAACAUGAUACAAGAGCAGUAUAUGAAGGCCAAAUUUGAGCAGAUGAUGGAGCAGCAGCAGCAGCGCAGCGACCUGCAGAUCAGUAGCCAAGCUUUGCGCGCCGGCCCUGCUACAACUAGUGGCGCCUCCUCAUCGUCGGCGUCCAAAGAGCUUGGGCCUGCCAUGGUCAUGUCCCCGCGUGGUGGAGGUGGUCCAGACGGUGGUGGGAAAGGAAAUGAUACACCCACAGCAACUGCCACAGCCCCGCCGGUGUCAGCGGCUCUGGAACGCAUCAAGCGGCAAUCCAAGUCUGCGCCGCCCGGCCUGGAUCCGGGCAUGAUGGGACUGCCCGUCGGAGGAGAUUCGGGAUCGGGCGACGUGGCCGCGUCUCCAAGGGACGGUGGGUCCUCCAGCUCUUUCAUGAGCCAGCAGCUGCAGCAACAGUUCGGGUUCUCGACUCCCACGGGGAUGGACGACGAGGGCGACAACUCCGACUACUUUGACGUCACCGGUCAGCACACGCCGCGCGAACAACAGGAACAGCACAGCAUUACGCAUUGCAAAUAAAUAUGUCUGGGUCCUCUGGAAGAGUUGCAACUUGUGAUGCAAACUCUGGGACACACAAAGAUUUGUGUUGCAUGAGCACCAAAAGCUGCCCAUUUGCAUUUCUACUUGCUACUUACGCAAGUCGACAGUUUCUCAUGCGGGGCAGGCAGCAAGAUGCGUCUGCAAGCCUGUAAUGCUUUUGCGUGCAUAAGACACCACUUGGGUGGUCCGAGAGGUGCAUAACAAACAAGCGCACUCUUCCAGACCCAGACAUAUUUGCAGUGCAUAAGCCUGCAGCAGGCGCAAUUUGGCAGCCCUUUUUUUGGUCCACCCCCCGGAGGUCCGGGCUUCGACCCGAAUUUCGAUCCCGCUUAUUACCAGCAAAUGAUGGCGGCGCAUCAUGCGCACAUGCAGCACAUGAUGCAGCUUUACGCCGCAAACCAGCAGAGUGCCAUGUCCGGCGACACUAGCACCACCGGCGUAAGCUACUCCUUUCAACCGCAACCCGGGGCCAUGCAGUUGCCUCCCCCGGGUGCAUAUCCUCUGCAAAAGUAUCGUACUCGUAUAAAUGCAAGUCUUUGUCUUGCAGCAUUACAAAUCUUGUUCGCAAGGCAAAUGUGCAUUACAAAGUCUAUUUCUCAUGCUGAAUGAAUUUGUAAUGCAUUUAUACGAGUACGAUACUUUUGCAAUGCAUAGUGCAGGUGGUCCGCCCAAUCCGGGAGACCCAAAUCAGUACGCCGCCUACCUUAUCAAAUGUAAAAAUGUCUGGGUCUGGAAGAUUCUGAGACUUGUCAUGCAGGUUUUCUAGGACCCAUGAGGUGUGGUAUGUAGGACAUAGCAUGACAGAUUGCGUGAGGGUUCUAUCAUGCCUAUCCUGCAUGAGAAACUGCCUCCCGAUUAGGUCAAAAAUGGACAGCUUUUGGUAAUCAUGCAACACAGAUUUUUGCAUGCUUCAGAUUUAGCAUGACAAGUUGCAUUCUUCCAGACCCAGACACUUUUACGUUUGAUAUACCUGGCCGCGCAACAGGCUUAUAUGGUGGCGAUGGCGGGGACGACCGCGGGGGGUGCGAUAUGCAAUUUUGCAAAUAUCGAUCUGGGUCGUCUGGAAGGUCGUGAUGCAAGCUUGUCUUUCUAAAUAUAAAAAUCUGAACUUAUCGUACAAAAACGAAAAUCUGUAGUGUUGCAUGAGCAUGGAGCUGCGGCAAAAACUAGCCAAAUGACAGCGACGAUAAAAGCGAGAAGUUUCUAAUGCGGUUGCGGAACAGGCAAAUCACAAUAAUGCUCUUGCACGACAAAGAUAAAGAACUUCUGUGACGCAGCAGCUUCGAGAUGAAGGUGCAUUUUUGUAGUUCUAGAUUAUUUUUGUAUUUUAACACCAGAUGUUCUUCUUGGACAUGACAACCCUUGCGCGACUCCUUUUUCCACCCCCAGACACAUUAUUUCCCAUCGAUAUAAAAAUGCGAACAUCAAUCGCAAUAGCGGGGGGAAGAACAGGAGCAGUGGGCCGUCCGCGAGCAGCACAGCCUCUAUUAACUGUAAAAAUGUCUGGGUCUGGAAGCAUUCAUGUUUGUCAUGCUUGUCUGGCAUGACUCUGAAAUCUGUCAUGCACGUUACCCAAGAGCUCCGUUUUUCAUUUUCUGUGAUGCAGAAGCGCAGUUUGUCAUGCAGAAUAGGCAACACCUAGGAGCUCAGAAACUUGUCAUGCUGAGCCAGCAUUUGUAGCCUCAUGAUGAGACGCUGCCCAGCAUCACAAGUUUCCAGACCCAGACACUUUUACAUUUGAUAGCCUCCGGGGGCCAGCAAAUUAAAACCAGCAGUAGAAGGAGCCAGAAAAACAAUAAAGUGCAGAUCACCGCAAGCGACUCAGAAAAACAAAUAUGCAAUACAAAUUUAUUGCACUUCCUCCCGUACUAUAGGGAUAACUACACGACGACGACGCACAAAUAAUACAAAACGCAUGACAAGUAUCUUCGCUAACAUAUUUUUACUACACUAGAUCUCUGUCAUUCUGAAAAGCAUUUUUGAAGAAAAGCGCGGUCAUGCAGAAAUUGCAUUUUUACUUGUGAUUGUGUCAACUACUGUCGUGUACCAGUAGUACUACGGGAGUAAAUUUCCUGUGGAUAGGAAAGUGCAGAGCAGCAGCCAACAGGGGCAAAGGGCGGGGCAGUCGGCGGCGGGGGGAAAAAGCAGAACAAGUAA